AAGUCCCGCACCAUCGAUUUGCUUCCGCCCAUUCUCUCUCUCUCUCUCUCUCUCUCUCUCUCUUUCUGCACACACAAGCGCAUAACCUGAAGUGACAUGCCAGCUCCAACACUCCCACAUUCGUUAAGCGAAACGCAAAGCUACGACCACGAAAAGAAAGAGCAUUCCCCCCAGCUGCAGACUUUUUUCCCCCCUAAAAUGAUGCGUUAAGAGUUGGAAGAAUAUCUUGUAUAUCCAGGAUUAUUACUUGCACUCAGUGUUCCUGGUCAGAAUGCCUGGGCAUGAGUGGACACAGCGCGCACGCGACGACGCGGACCAGAGAAACAAUUCCGUCUUCCACAAUUCGGCACAAACUGUGGAACAUCGGCACAGUGUUUAGUUGGAAUACAGCUGAAUGGAGCGCGCAGGCUUGGAUGGAAGCAAUGGGUGACUUCGAGCAAAUGUAUCAAGAAUGGAUAUAGCGGAGGCGAGUUUCCCGGCGCUCAACUCCUCCGCGAACGGCACGAGCGCGCCCAAACUUCCGCCACACUCGCGCUGCGCGGCCGCCUUCAUCAUCCUCGUGGUCACCGUGAUCAUUCUGGUCACCAUCGUGGGGAACGUGCUUGUGGUGGUGGCCGUGUUCACGAGCCGCGCUCUGCGCGCACCUCAGAACCUCUUCCUGGUGUCACUGGCGUCGGCGGACAUCCUGGUGGCCACGCUGGUCAUCCCGUUCUCGCUGGCCAACGAGGUGAUGGGCUACUGGUACUUCGGCAGCACGUGGUGCGCGCUCUACCUGGCGCUCGACGUGCUCUUUUGCACCUCGUCAAUCGUGCACUUGUGCGCCAUCAGCCUGGACCGCUACUGGUCGGUAACGAGCGCCGUGAGCUACAACCUGAAGCGCACGCCGCGGCGCGUCAAGGCCAUGAUCGCCGCCGUAUGGCUCAUCUCAGCUGUGAUCUCCUUCCCUCCGCUUGUCAUGACCAAGCAUGACGAGCUCGAGUGCCUGCUUAACAACGACACGUGGUACAUCUUGGCAUCAUGCGCCGUGUCCUUCUUCGCACCGGGCCUCAUCAUGGUGUCCGUGUACUGCAAGAUCUACAGAGUGGCCAAGCAAAGGGCUGCCACCGUGUUUGUGGCCAAAGCCAGCAUGGCGCGCCAGCCCUCACUCUCCGAGACGGGGUUUGUACGCAAAGGAAGGUCCGAAGCGACUAGUCCGAGUGCCUGCGGCUCUAAAGAGAAGAACCAAGGCGAGCUGGACGCCAUCGAUCUGGAAGAGAGCUGCGUCUCCAGUGCGCGCUCGGCCAAAGGUGGCAAGGUGGAAGUGGCGUGUGUGUGCGCACGUGCCAAGCUGGACGGACGUGCGUCGGAGGUGUGUGACGAUGAGCCGGUGAGUCGUGUCCGACAGAACUCCCUGUCCAAAGCCAAACUGGCUCAGAUGCGCGAGAAGCGCUUUACUUUCGUGUUGGCUGUGGUUAUGGGUGUCUUUGUGCUCUGCUGGUUCCCGUUUUUCUUCACGUACAGCCUUCAUGCCGUGUGCAGGGAGAGCUGCACCAUCCCUGACACCCUCUUUAACCUCUUUUUCUGGAUCGGCUACUGCAACAGCUCAGUGAACCCGAUCAUUUACACCAUUUUUAACCGGGACUUUCGGAGAGCAUUUAAAAAGAUCAUGUGCCACAACCCAGUGAGAGCCUGAAUGUAGAUUCUCUUGAAACCCAGGGGCAAUUGGUGCACACUUUUACCUGCUGCCCCAGCAGAGAGUGAAUGGAACUUUGUGUGUGUGUGUGUGUGUGUGUGUGAAUACUGUAAGGAACUCAGUUGGCUUUUUGCAGAUAUUCCCUGUUUACAUGUCUAGAUAGGGAUGCUGAGAUUCCAGCAUUAUACAAUACUGAAUACUGAAUACUGAUGCACAGUAAAGUCUCUAAUGUUGGAUUAACAUCUACAGUGUUUAUGUAAGAGUAGCUGGACACAAAUGAUUUGCAUUUUGCUGUGACUGCGGCUGUAGGAGGGAUUGACAGUUCCAACAAAACCUCCAGAAAGAAUGCCUUUCUGCUAACUGCAAACAAAUGAUUCAUGCUAUCAUGUUUAAAUGAAAUGAAAUGAUCCAUACUGUUUGUUUAAAUGGAUACUGGUCCAAACAAAUCUCCUUCAGAUAAUACCAUGUGUCAGAUUUGUUCAUCAGUCUUGGUAAACCAAAAAAAAAAAACCUUAUUAUGGCGAUAAUGAAUGCAGAUGCAUUGGAUUUUUGGUGGAUGGACGACGUGUUUUCAUCAUGCAAAACCACCUAUAAGUGGCACCAAUUUUAAAUCCUAUUUACUGUUGUGAGUAAACAAUACUGACUCUAUACCUCCAAUAUUUUUGCACCUAAUAAGCUAGAUUCAAUUCAGUUAGGAAAAUGUCUGUCUAGAAUGUCGUGAGUGGGAUUAGUGGGUGUAUAUGACUCUUGUGUUAUAAUUUAUGUAAAUAAAAUGGCUGGAUACAAAGCUUUCUUGUUUAAUAGACACUAAAACUACGACCCAAUUUAAGUCAAAAUGGAAAGAAUUCCAGUGAAACAAGGUGGACAGAACAAAGUCAUUUCACGGAGCUGCUUUUCUUAGCUAGUGCUAAUUAAACGUUUCCACACCUUUUCCUAAUUAUUUUUUAUGCCUCUUGGACACCUUUGGUUACAUAAGAAUGAAGGUAACAAUAACAAUAGAGGAUGUUAGAGAUAAAGGCAAAUAAAGAAUCCUUUAUUUCUAACAUCCUUUCUGUGACAACCACAGUUAGUGGUUUUACUGAUGCUAGUCUACCUCAGUGGUUUGCUGGAACACCAUCCAGUCUUUUCAUUGUCCUUGGUCCUGAAAUAAAAGUGGCAUGCCAUCUUAUGUUAUUAGCAUAGCUGCUUAAGGUUUUACACAAUCUGUGAAAAGAGUAAUGACACGAAUGACAUUACCUAUCUGUAGUAUUUGAUUGUAGUGCGUAUUGCUGCAUUUUGUUUAUAUGCCAUCUGUGAUGUGCAGGCCUGGGCUAUAGUUUGUGCUGCUCUCUUUUCAGCAUCAGUUUUAGGGUUUAAAAAUAACUGUAAAUAUUUGCUGUCAUUCCACAAGAUUAAAAAUUGAGUCCCGAUUGGUGCAACAGAAAAGCAUUCGCAGUAUUAUCAGGGGAUUGCGAGUCCAAGUCCUGAAGAUGCCACAGCCAUCCGGGAGCCAAGGGAGCAAAAAUUGGCCGUGCUCUGUGGGUGGGAGGGAUGGCAUACUCUUCCCCUGUCAAUCACAGCAACACUAGCCAAUCGGGAGCAAUCAUUGAGCUCAUGUAUGCGGAAGACGGUAGAUAGCGCUUUCCUCUGAGUGCGCUACGCUGCCCUGUGAUGUAGAAUGAGCAGCGGUUUGAAAAGAUGCGAUUGGCUGGCUUCACGUGUCUCAAAGGAAGCACCUUCACCCUCCCCGGUUGGUAGAUUGUCGUAUGACAGGAAAACUGGGAGGAAAAAGCGAAAGUCUCUAAAGCCUAUAUUAGGUCCAUAUGUAUGAUAUGAAUGUAAUGUCAGCUGUGACAUGACAAAUGUGAAUUCUACCUUGGCUGAUAAAAUAACAUGGAAAACAAGUCUUUGUAGAUGCCACAUAUUCUCUGAGAACCCUUCCCACAUUUCUGUCUUUUUCUGUCUUUCUUUUGAACUCCAGCUCUUCUAUCUCAUCAUAAAAGCUUCUUUUCAUGAGUCUUACCAAGUAUAAGCAUUAAAGAUGUAUCACAAGGUCUGUCAAAAACCGGAUAAAACGGGUACACACACACACACACACACACAUAUCUUUUAGUAUAGGCAAAGGAAGUACGCCUAUUUAAUUUGUACUGUCAAUUUCUGAAGGGGAAAUGAAUGAAAUUCAUUUAUGCGUGGCAAAUGAAAGGAAUCCAGUGGCUCUCUGGAGGAUAUCCCGCUGGCAUGAUUUGGGUCUACAAUUCCCCUUACACGGAAGAGUCACUGCAAAUUAUUCUGACUGAUCACCUUUAUCCUGUCACGAAACAUUUCUAUAAUCCUGAUGGUAGUGGUCUCUUCCAGGAUGACUCCGCCCCCAUCCACAUGACACAAGCACACACUGAAUGUUUGGAUGAAGAUGAAAAUGAUCAUAUGCUAAAAUGAUAUUUGUGACCUGUUUGUGUUUCACUUUAUGCUUGUAAUUUUAAAACUGGGGAAUAAAUGAA